UUCUCUUGGUACGCUCCAAGAUGGCGGCCCCCAUGGUGCGGCGCGGGAUGCUGCUGGCUGGGAGGAUCGGCUUGCCUCCUCACUGUUCCCCGGCAGGAAGAAGAUGCCUGCUUUCUGCAGCAUAUGUAGACAGCCGCAAAUGGGAAGCAAGAGAAACAGAGCCUUGUCACCUUGCUGAUCUUGCAUCUUUAAUGGACAAAACAUAUGAGAGAAAAUUGCCUGUUAGUUCUUUAACAAUAUCACGGUUUGUAGACAACAUAUCAUCUCGAGAAGAGGUAGACCAUGCCGAGUAUUACCUUUACAAAUUUCGACACAGUCCCAACUGCUGGUACCUAAGAGACUGGACUGUCCACACCUGGAUUAGGCAGUGUUUAAAGCAUGGUGCACAAGACAAAGCCUUAUAUACCCUUGUAAACAAGGUUCAGUACGGAAUUUUUCCAGAUAACUUUACAUUCAAUUUGCUGAUAGAUUCUUUCAUAAAGAAAGAAAAUUACAAAGAUGCUUUAUCUGUGGUUUUUGAGAUCAUGAUGCAAGAAGCCUUUGAAGUGCCUUCCACUCAGCUGCUCUCCCUUUAUGUUUUAUACCAUUGCCUGACAAAGAAGCCAGACCUCAAUUGGGAAGAGGAGAGGAAUUUUGGUGCAUCGUUAUUACUUCUGGGCCUAAAACAAAAGAACCCAGUAGGUUUGAGUUCCCAGUUGUAUGGCUAUGCGCUUCUUGGAAAGGUGGAAUUGCAGCACGGGCUACGGGCUGUGUACCAUAACAUGCCUCUGAUAUGGAAACCAGGUUACCUUGACAGAGCCCUUCAAGUGAUGGAGAAGGUGGCCUCCUCCCCAGAAGACCUAAAGCUGUGUAGAGAAGCGCUCAAUGUGCUGGACGGAGUGCUGAAAACACUGACUUCUCCAGCCGAAGGGGCUUCAGAGACACCGUCUCAAGAAGGUGAAAACAGCCAGGGCUCAGAAAACUUGGUGGAGCAGCUGGACAUAGAGGAACCAGAACAGUCCAAGCUUCCUCAAUACCUGGAACGAUUUAAGGCCUCACAGUCAAAGCUGCAGGCUCUGGGCAGAGUUGAGUCAGAAAGCCUUUUGACUCUGACCACCCAGCUUGUGACGGCACAGCUCCCUGCCUGUGAAGCUGAGGACAUCGCCACCUAUGAGCAAAAACUGCAGCAGUGGCACCUGGAGCGGGUGCAGUUGAUACAGAGGGAGCAGGAGCAGAGGGAGAAAGCAAAGCAACAGCACCAGGCCCGAAAGGCAGCAAAGGCAGCAGCCUAACAGACCCCCAGCCAGUCCUGCACGGGGCCUCCUAGGCCUCCACAGCAUUCAGCAGGGAGGAAGCCGGGGUUCGGCCUCCUCUCUCCGGCUUCUCCUUUUCUCAGAGCUGAAAACCACAGUGUGCUGUGUAUCAAACACUGAAUGCCCAUCCAGAUGCUGAGAAGGGCUCCAGAACUGGGAAAGUGGCAAGGCUGGACUGAAGCCACCAGCCCAUCCCUUAACGGGCUCUUGAAGCUCAUGGUGGGGUUCUGGGCACAGGGAUCAAUUGUCAGCAUGGAAAGUUCCCAGUGCCUCUUGAGGGUGGUGGGAGAAAGAAGUAAGGUGACUGGACUAUAGGUACCAAGACCUCAUGCCAAGUGUCCCUGUGAGCCAGCCCACACUCCUAAUUACUCCUUUCCAUCACACCUUCUCCUUUUCACGCUGCUCUGAGAGAAAUCCAGGACAGGAGUGAACUUGGAAGCCCGUGGCCCCACUGGAUUUCAGAUUUUAGUUACCCAUGGUGACAUUUUUAGAAAGCAAGGGCUUUUGAGGAGAAACCACCCCAGCUGUGAACAUUGUGACCUGGCCUCUUCGUCAUGCCACAUAACUUUUUCCAAAGCAUUGUCUCAGCUCCUUUAUUAAGUGGGUAAAAUGAGCCUUUUGUGUAUACACACACACACGUAUGCACGCACAACUUGUGAGCACACAUUUUGGUUAAAGAAGUUGGAGAAAAUGAGAAGUGGGAUAGGCCUUGAAGUGCAUAGCUGCUAUGAAUAAUUGUAAAGCUGUCAGAAGAUACAUAUUUCUUUCUCCAGGUUUCUCCUUUGUGAAAGGGUCAGGGGGCAGCUUUUAUUUGCUAUGUAAUGUCGCCUUCAAGUACACUGGUAUAUUUUUAUUCAGGAUUGCACUCUUUUAUCAAGUACCUGUGGAAA